AUAUAUUAGUUUUUUAACUUCUAAAAGCUGAUAUUUCUUUGAUGGAAUCGUAUUUUUACUGAUUUCUAAAUAAUGAAGGCAAAAGAUUAAAAAUAGAUAUGUCAUAAUAAUUUCAAAAGUUUAUCAAACAUCAAUCAAAUAUAUUAGCCAGGAUUCAAAUAACCAAUAAAACAUAUGGUUUAAUUAAUUUUUUGAUGGCUCAACAAAAAAAGACAUUAUAUGUUGGUGGCCUUGCUGAAGAAGUCAACCAAAAAAUGUUGUAUGGUGCUUUUAUUCCUUUUGGCGACAUAAUUGAUAUCAAUGUUCCUUUGGAUUAUGCCACACAAAAGCAUCGUGGAUUUGCAUUUGUCGAGUUUGAAUCCCCUGAGGAUGCUCAUGAUGCAAUUGACAAUAUGAAUGAGUCUGAAAUACUUGGUCGCACACUCAGAGUUCAUCUAGCAAAACCUCCAAAAACGAGUGGCAAUCGUGCUAUAUGGACCAAUGAGGAAUGGCUUAAAGAAAGACAAUCACAAGACACAUCAGAAGAAAAUAUUUUAAAUAAAGAUAUAGAUCAAUCAAAUCUUCCAACAGAUCCACUUUCAAAUUUGAUUUCAACCACUGACCAACCUGAUAAAAGCUCUUUAGGCGUUGACCAAAGCAAUCCCAAGGUAUUUAUGGAUAUCCAAGUUGGGCCACGUAUGGUUGGUAGGUUGAUAAUAGUUCUAAGGAAAGAUGUUGUGCCAAUGACUGUCGAUAAUUUCUUAGCACUUUGCAAGCAUGAACGAGGAUUUGGUUAUAAAGGAUCCAUCUUUCAUAGAAUCAUACCUGAUUUUAUGUGUCAAGGUGGUGAUUUUGUUAAUAAUGAUGGAACGGGAGGUAAAUCGAUAUACGGCAAGAGAUUCAAAGAUGAAAAUUUUGUCCUAAAACACACUGGAGCAGGUACAUUAUCGAUGGCUAACUCUGGUCCUAAUACAAAUGGUUCUCAGUUUUUCAUCUGUGCAUCUAAAACCGAUUGGCUUGAUGGGAAACACGUGGUCUUUGGUUAUAUAGAACAAGGUAUGGAGGUUUUGAGACAAAUGGAGAUUGUUGGGACCAAAACGGGCAAACCGAAGGAAAAGGUUGUUAUAACUGACUGUGGUGAAUUAGAAUAAUUUAUGAAUAUAAGAUUGUAAAUAAAGAAUAAUUGUGAAAUAAAUGUAUAUUACUGGGCUAUGUCUAUUGAAAAAAAUUUAUAUUUAU